CGAGUGUACUUCGGAUCCCUGCCAACAUGGCGGGACGUGCGUCGACAAAAUCCAAUACUACACCUGUCAGUGUGAGCCUGGCUUCACCGGAGACAACUGCCAGCAUGGUUUGAUCUCUUUUCUCUCUUCUUUUUCAGUUUGUCUUUACAACAGAGUUCUCUAAUAUAUAUAAUGAAUAAAUUACUAUCCCCUUAACAUUGCUAGGAAAAUAUCUACUAGGGUAUGCACAUACAUAUCGUUCUACACAUACUAAUAUUCUCGGUUUUAGCUACUGGUGAAUUUUACGCACGGUUAAAUGUGUGAAAUUAAUGUAAACAUUCAUUCAUUGAAAUCGAUUGUGGACGGCGCGUAGGUACUGGGUACAGAAAAAGAUUAAAAAGAAAUCACGUGAUGAGAUUGCAUCAUUCUGUAACCUUUAUGUCAAUACUACUCAGUUCUCUCUUUUGGCAAUUUGUUUGACAGUAGAAGGAAAUAUACAAAGUGUACGAGAGGUUCAAACAGACGAAAUACAUUAUCGAUAUUCAGGUCCAGAACAGGGACUAAAACAGCCAGUGAUAUUUUUGCAAACGUAUGCAACCCUUUUACAAAUGAAAACUUAUCCACAAAGUUGUGCGUUACAUAAUUUUCUUGAUUAUUCAUGCCGCUACGUCAAUUCUAGACAUCGACGAAUGUGUGGAGGGUACACAUGCAUGUCUGAACGGCGCCACCUGCCUGAACACACCUGGGAGCUACAGCUGCACCUGUAGAGAUGGAUGGACUGGUCAAAACUGUGAAACAGGUAGCUAGAAGAAUAUUAUAAGAUGCUUUUACAAACAUUGAAUAUUUUGCUAUGAUCAUUCAAUAUGACAAAGUUUAGAUCUAUCUCUAUAUAAUUUAGAACGAAAAAUGAAUCAAAUUUGUAACUUAAUGUAAGGCUUUGAAAAGAUCGGAAUAACCAAAAUAAAACGCUUGAUGGGACAUGAGCGCAGGUUUUUGCAUAAAACAUUCAAAUUGACUGCUCUACAGCCGGCUGGCUAUGAUGAGGCUAAUAGAGGAACAGGACUAAUUCAUAUCUCCUUAAGCAAGAUGCGAGCCCGGCCGACCUAGCCAGCGGAUGUCGCUCAGUGAGGUCAAGGGUCGUUUCCGUCAGUGAAAUUCCCUACGAUUGCUCUAUUAGCAAUCCUACCAUAAUUACUCUUACGUACUCCGAGAUGACACAAGGAGAAAGCUACGCGGUUUGGGGUCAAAUGAUGUCUUUAUUCUGCUCGAUGAGAGGCUUACAGGUUGUGCAAAGACAUCAACGGCCAAGCCGAGCGUAGUGAGGUGGCCCCAAACCGCGUAGCGGAAAAUAUGUGGAGAAGGGUGGUAUUGUUAUUGUAGUAGAUUAGAGAGAAUAUAAAAUUCCAGUUCAAGUGUCAAAGAAACAGUCCAGGACUGGUGAAGAUCUGCCUGCAGAACGCCGCUGGGCACUGUCGGACAGCGUAGACUCGGGCCGUAAACAGGUGCGUCGGCGCGGUGAGCCUAACUUAGUACUGCGAAGUGAGGGGUCCUGAGGGUCCUCAGCACACCGCUGGAGCUGGUUUCCUUGUGUUGUCGAUGGUGAACAGAAGAAACGCAGAGAAGGAAGUGCCACUCGUGUACGUAGCUGUCGCGCCGCUGAUGGAACCAUGAUUGUCACGGGAAAUCACGGACGUCUCGCGAGAACGGGAAGGGCGCGAGAAUUCGAGAAGAUUCGGUGGAACUGUUGGGUGGGGGGCGGUCGACGUUUGGUCUCCAAUCAUAGGACUGUACGUCCCCUAUGAGAGAGGGCAAGUUCUUCGUAGCAUCUGCAAGGUUGUCUGAGACAGAGUUUCUGUGACGUGAUGUUUCGUAGCCCCAGGAAGAGCGAGUUACUGGCUGUCGAAAGUGGCUUGAUGGCGCGCCUGGCCAUGGCGUGGUGUUCGGACAGCUCGCCCGUCGUGGUGACGCACUUUAUCGGCCGAUUCCGUGAGCAAUCCAGCGGUUCCACAUCGUCUACUGGCGGAAUCGUGUGCCUCAGUAGUUCAGACACGCUGUGCACUGGGUAGAAGCUCUUGAUCAGAGCUAAAUUUCAGAAAUUUUGAACGAAAAGAUAAGCAAGAUGCGAGCCCGGCCGACCUAGCCAGCGGAUGUCGCUCAGUGAGGUCAAGGGUCGUUUCCGUCAGUGAAAUUCCCUACGAUUGCUCUAUUAGCAAUCCUACCAUGACUAAUUCAUAUCUCUGCUCCUCUCUCCUAGUUCUGAACUCCGCCAAAUGCUUCCAACUUUCGGUGGAGCCCAAACCCCACCUUGCAUCCGAGGGAGAGUGCACCACUCGGGGAGGCGCUCUGGCCGGAGUGAAGACCGUGGCUGAGCAGGAGUUCCUGACCGGUGAGAUCCGCCUCGGGACGGACGUGUCCCACUGGAUCGGUCUUAAGAACGGACCGGAACAGUUCCUAUACACCGACCUCUCCACCAUGAGCUCCCAGCUACGCUGGAUGCCCGGAAAGCCUGAGAACCUGUGUGCCCUGCUGGACAAGAACGGCAACUACGACCUGAACGCGGACUUCUGUACUGAACAGUACAACUACGUCUGCGAGUCCGAUGUCGUCACCUGCAAGCAGAACGUCUGCCUGAACGGAGGCAACUGCACCUCCUGCUUCAACGAGAGCUACGCUUACUGCGAAUGCGCACCAGGCUUCGUAGGAGACCGCUGUGAUAUCAAUGUCGACGAGUGCCCCUCCGAUUCCUGUCAAUAUGCCGGCCGUGGUGUGGAUGGAGUCAACUCCUACACCUGUCAGUGUGUGCCUGGCUUCACCGGAGACGACUGUGAGAAUGCGAAGGACGUGAUCAUAGCUGGAGAUGGGAGAAAGUUGGAUCCAGUAGCUGUUGUCGACGCUAUGGAGCAUGCGCUGUGCGCUACCCGCCCCCGUAGCCGCUACGUUGUGGGUUGGGAUGCAUGGCUGGUCUUUGUUCCCAUCUCCUGGCUUCCUACCGACCUGGGGGACCUGGUGUUACGAGUGUUAAGUCCAAAAAUAACACCCGCGUGUUGUAGGAAGGAUGGAGAAUAA